AUGGCCGAGGCUCUGUCUUUUCUUUGUCCUCGCAAUCCAUCUUUCGGCCUGCAUCCUUCAUUCAAUUUUGAAGCUAUUAACAGAAAUCUGCUCGAAGAAUUCGACGAAGGGGAGUGCACUAUAGCUCCUAAAAAUGAGCAAAUGCCGGUGUUCCUGCGCGUUAGACCACUAAAUCCUGGAGAAUCGUCAACGAAAGUGGUGUUUACCCGAGGUCCAAAUGCAGUCAUAAUCAGACCGUCGAGAGAUGAAAAAAACACGCGGAGUGCGAUGUUCAAAUUUGGUCAGUCUUCGCACGAAUUUUCGUUCUCACGUGUUUUUGAUGAGACCACAAGUCAGUCGACUAUAUUCAAGGAGGUGGUCUCUGACCGCGUGAGUGAAUUACUCCAAGGUAUCAAUGGAUUGGUAUUCGCUUAUGGUACCACGAGCUCGGGAAAAACAUAUACACUGCAAGGUAGCGUUGAUGUCGUGAACGUAAAUGCAUGUUCACGCCUGAUUCCCAGAGGUGGCGACGAGUUAUGUGGAUUGACGGAUGAACAAGGGGAGGUCGUGUCCCGUGAGAAGGCGCUGCUAUUGCGCCUUGCAAAGACCGUCGAAAGUUCAUCAAGGACUUGUGCGCAAAACUGGGAAUCACAGCGACCAUCCGAUAGUGAGGAGUCUUUAGAGGAUCUUAGGGUAUCUGUUACCUGCAAAGAGUCAUUUGCGUACAGCUUUUGGAUAAGCUUUGUGGAGAUCUACAAUGAAAUAGCUUAUGACUUGCUGGAUCCGGAUGUGGCGCAGGUAGCAGUGAGGGCGAAUUCGACAGGAGGUAAUCAAUUGCGCGGAGUUGGACCCUGCGGAAUUCGUCGUACUCCAUUGGAACUGAGGACGGACAGAAAGGGGAACGUGUUUGUGAAAGGUCUGCGCUGGUUCGCUGUGUCUACACCAGAAGAAGCUCGUCAGCUUUUGAUGGUGGGUCGGUGUUGUCAGCAAGUCGGUGCAACGAAGCUGAACCAAAUCAGUUCCCGUUCGCACUGCCUGUUUUCGAUCAAGGCCAUGCGUGCCGCCAACAAGGAUAGCCCUCGUUUCGUUCGCGUGAGCAGCCUUACGUUCUGCGAUUUGGCGGGAAGUGAGCGUUGUGAGAAGGCAGCAACGCUUAAUCAGGCGCAUCGUCUGCGUGAGGCGAACAACAUCAACGCUAGUCUUCUUGCUCUGGGGAAAAAAGAGGCAUAUUUUGAUGGUGAAGUGAUGUCGGGAGCUGACCUGGUGGAGAUAAUAAAGGAGUUGAUGGAUACGGUGUCGCGGAUUCCGGAGGAAGUGGAGAAGGCGAAGAAGGAAGUGCACGCGCAGGUAUCAAGCGCGAUGGGAGAGGAGUUGCUGCGGAUGGAGGAGCAAUACGAGUCGUUGUUGCAGGCUCAGGAGAAGGAGUUUGAGGCGAAACUGCUGGGGCGAAAACGACGUGGCAAGUCUGUGUUGUCGAGGAAAUCAGUGUGUGUGAGUGAGACGUCCAUUCUGGUGGAUGAUUUGGAGGAUGUUGUGGAGGGGACGCAAGUUGUGGCACCGGUGGCGCCGUUGGAGAAGUUGGCGAGAGUAGUGGGGAACGAAGGUUUGAACGAUGAUGACGAGGUGGAGUUGGAGGAGGAGGAGGAUGUGUGCGCGAGUUGUGCAGAAUACGAAAAGGAGGUGGAGAGACUGAAGUGUGAGUUGGAGGAUGCGCGAGGCGACCUGGCCGACCAGCAGGAUGCCAUAUCGACAAUCACACAGGAGCGAGACGGUUUCCAAGUGGAGAUUCGGCGACUGCAAUACCUGCUCCAGUUAACCAAACAAUCGGAAAUUCUUGCGCCAGUCACCGGUGCUGGUCCGAAACCAUCAACCACGCUUUUUCCACCCCUGGUUUCGUGCGAAUCCAGUAAUGAGAAGGAAGCCAGUAACAGCUCAGGUUCGAUUGGUGUUGACCCCGCAGCAGCAAUAAAGAAACCACCGCGGAAGUUCUUCCCACCAAUCGUCUCGCCUGUUGCCAUAUCAGAAGACGAUGACAUAAUCCCCCCAACGCCUGCAACCGUUGUGAAGGUCAAGAGGCGGAGUUUGGUGGAGAUGGUGUCAAGGGUGGAAACGAGGCGGACUAGUGACGAGGCGUUGAGUUGCCUUCGGGGGGAGAAUGAGCAGUGUGUGUGUGGAUCUGAUGCUGGUGUUGACAGUGAGUGUAAGGUGAGCCCUGGUCUCCAAUCCUUCCUCGCACAUGAAGCGGAAGCCGCGAUCGCGAGUAGCGAUGUUGCCACUCUGGAGGCGCGGUGCAAUAAGCUUGAGGCAGAACUGGCCGAGAUGAAGUCGUCUUACGAGAAGGCAACAUCAGAGUUGGAUUUGCUUAAGAAAAGUGUGGCGCAGGUGGACGUGUCGUGCGAGACCGACUUCCAGUGGAUGCCAUCGGCGGUGGAAGGCAAUGUUGGAAGCACUGGUGUUUCGGAGGCUUCCAAUGCCGAAACAGCCGCCUCGAUGGCUGUGGAGGUGAAGGAGUCCGUGGGAGAGAAGCGAGGGAAACGCGGUGCUGGAGCAAAGGGCGUGAAACGCCGAAACCUUCGCUUGCGAUCGACGGCCACUGUGAAGGUGCCCAUUUCAGAAGCGCCGGACAGUGACUCGGAGAAUGUGUUGAGCGAACACCUGGCUAUAGAGAUGACUCAGAUUCAGGCCGCAAGCGCCUGUGGAGUUGAUGAGCCAAAGAUCAGUGCUGACGUGCUGUCGACGACUGCGGCGGCGCCUCCGAAAAGACGCGGUGGAAGAGCGAAAACAGCGGAGCCUCCUUCGAACCGGCGCGUCACGCGAUCGAUGUCCUCGGACGGUGGAGAUCAGGCCGCGUUGCCGAAGUUGUCGGCGGGUGUAGCGAUGCGAAAGCUCGCCCCCCUUAUUGAAACGAGUCAAUUCCUUCAGGCCGAGAACUCCCUCAUUCUGGCUGAAGAGGUGUCCCGUGGUAUUGCCAACCUUCAGUCUGACGUCGAUAGCUGCAAGCAAAAGUCCCUAUUGAUUGACGUACCUCCGCGUCGUGGCCAGAGGACACGUCGGGGCAAGGCUCCUUAG